AUGCUGCCUAUGGUUUAUCUUGUUCGACAUGGCGAGACCGACUGGACAAAAUCGGGCAGGUAUACAUCGAUGAUGGAAAUCGGAUUAAAUUCUAAGGGUAAAGAACAAGUGGCACAGUUAUCGCGCUUCACAUUUGAGAAUCCGCGCCAAGACUGUAUUAAAACAAGGAACAUUUCAAUGAUCCUCUUGUCCGAGAGACACUGUGUUCAAGAGACUUACGAUAUCUUCAAAAUUCCUAACAAAGAUACAAUUCUUACUUAUAUUGACCCAUAUAUAUCGGAAUGGAAUUUCGGUGAUUUCGAGUGUAUGACUAGAGAUGAGAUUCAUAACACAACAGCAUUCUGGGAUAUAUGGAAGGAAGGAUGUCCCAAUGGUGAAACAGUCGAACAAGUAGCUGCACGUUGUGAUCAUGUCAUUGAAAAAAUCGUGGCACACCAUACAGAGCAUGUGGAUCACAACCCAGCUGUUCCGGGAGGCGAUGUUCUACUAAUAGCUCACGAGCAUUCACUUCGUGUAUUAGCUGCCAGGUGGGUGGGUCUACCACCCGAACACGCAAAGAGUUUCGAACUUGAUACUUCGAGCAUAAGCGUUCUAGGUUACAAUCGAUCAAUGCGAGUGCCAGUAAUUAAAGCUUGGAAUGUCAGAAGUCAAUUCUUUAAUAGAGACCCCAUAAUGUAA